AUGUUUCCACCUGAGGACGAAUAUGGAGACAAGGUUUUAAAAUGUUUACAGAAACCACCCUUCCUCUUUAUCUUCGACGUCAAUGAUCUCUGGUACACGAGAUUGAAAGAUCUGACCUCGAGUUCCGAUGGCUUUGGUUCGUUGUUUUUCACCACCAACACUGUUCCUUUACAAUCACAAGGCCGGUUGGAAAUGGAUUCUUCAAACAUAGCCAUUCGAAAUGAGCUCGUGAAAAGAGCAGCUUCGAUGCAUCUCCAGUCUUCUAUGAUUGUAUCUGCUCCUGACACAAACUGGUUUAAAAGUUUCUGUUUGAAGGCAAAGCAUCAGGCGAUUGAUAGUCUCAGACCAGUUAACCGGAUUUUAACUUUUAGCUAAGAGAUGUAUUUAGUCCAACUUGUAAAUGCGUAAAUACUUAGAUAAACAAUCAGAUA